AUAAAGCGAAACAGACGUGAGUUCGGAGCAAUCCGGAGCGAUUUUAAACAAUUUUCUUCGAGUGAGUAAUAGUGAAAUAAGACUUAAGACAAAAUGCCAGCUGUAGGAAUUGAUCUUGGCACAACUUACUCCUGUGUUGGAGUAUGGCAACAUGGAAACGUGGAAAUCAUCGCAAAUGACCAGGGAAACAGGACGACACCAUCGUAUGUCGCUUUUACCGACACAGAGCGACUGAUCGGCGAUGCUGCGAAGAACCAGGUAGCUUUGAACCCUAGCAACACAGUGUUCGAUGCGAAGAGACUUAUUGGCCGUAAAUUUGACGACCCGAAAAUCCAAGCGGAUAUGAAACACUGGCCUUUCAAAGUCAUCAACGACUGCGGGAAGCCGAAGAUCCAGGUUGAAUUCAAAGGGGAGGCAAAGCGAUUCGCGCCUGAGGAGGUAAGCAGCAUGGUGCUUACGAAGAUGAAGGAAACUGCUGAGGCGUAUCUUGGAAGUACUGUAAGGGAUGCUGUUAUCACCGUUCCCGCUUAUUUCAACGAUUCCCAACGUCAAGCCACUAAGGAUGCAGGAGCUAUCGCCGGCUUGAAUGUCCUUAGGAUCAUCAAUGAACCCACCGCCGCGGCUUUGGCUUACGGCUUGGACAAGAACCUGAAAGGCGAGAGAAAUGUACUAAUCUUCGAUCUGGGAGGAGGUACUUUCGACGUGUCAGUCCUUUCCAUCGACGAAGGGUCACUGUUCGAAGUCAAGUCAACCGCAGGAGAUACCCAUUUAGGAGGCGAAGAUUUCGAUAAUAGACUAGUGAAUCAUCUCGCGGAGGAGUUCAAUAGGAAGUAUAAGAAAGAUUUAAGAUCUAACCCACGCGCGUUGCGCCGCCUACGCACCGCCGCGGAGCGAGCCAAGCGUACUUUAUCGUCUAGUACCGAAGCUACUAUCGAAAUCGACGCUCUUUAUGAAGGCAUUGACUACUACACCCGCAUCUCCCGCGCAAGGUUCGAAGAACUAUGCUCAGACCUCUUCAGAAACACCUUGGAGCCGGUAGAAAAGGCCUUAAAGGACGCGAAAUUGGACAAAGGCCAGAUUCAUGACGUUGUUUUAGUGGGCGGGUCGACGCGCAUUCCUAAAGUGCAGAAUUUACUACAGAAUUUCUUCUGUGGUAAGAAGCUGAAUCUUUCAAUCAACCCUGAUGAGGCUGUAGCGUAUGGCGCCGCGGUGCAGGCAGCUAUUCUAUCUGGAGAGACCGAUUCGAAGAUCCAAGACGUCUUGCUUGUGGACGUUGCUCCUCUCUCCCUUGGCAUUGAAACCGCCGGUGGAGUAAUGACGAAGAUCGUUGAGCGCAACUCCAAGAUCCCUUGCAAACAGUCGCAGACAUUUACCACUUAUGCCGACAACCAGCCAGCGGUCACCAUCCAAGUUUACGAAGGCGAGCGUGCUAUGACCAAGGACAAUAACCUUCUUGGUACUUUCGACCUGACCGGUAUCCCGCCUGCACCUCGUGGUGUCCCGAAAAUCGAUGUGACCUUCGACUUAGACGCAAACGGCAUCUUAAACGUAUCCGCUAAGGAAAACAGCACUGGAAACAGCAAGAAUAUCGUUAUCAAGAACGAUAAGGGUCGUCUAUCUCAAGCGGAGAUUGAGAGAAUGCUGAGCGAAGCCGAGAGAUACAAGGAAGAAGAUGAGAAGCAGAGACAGAGAGUUGCAGCUAGGAACCAGUUGGAAAGCUACAUCUUCAGCGUCAAACAGGCCUUGGAUGAUGCUGCGGACAAGCUUAGCGAGUCAGACAAAGACCAAGCGAGACGUGAGUGCGAUGAAGCACUGAAAUGGCUGGAUAACAACACACUGGCUGAGCAGGAAGAAUAUGAGCACAAAUUGAAGGACCUUCAGAGGGUAUGCUCUCCUCUCAUGAGCAAGAUGCAUGGAGCCGGCAACCCUGGACAACACCAGUCAAGCGGGCCUAAAGUCGAGGAAGUGGACUAAAAACAAACCUUUUAGUUAGUAAUCCGUAUCUUCAACCAAGUUGAAGUGUGAUAUUAGUUUUUAAGUAACUUAUUCGUGACCACCAAAUGAUCAUAAGUUGGAUUUGAUUUAUUUUAAGUUAAUAAAAUGACAGUAUUAACAAUUUA